AUGGCAACCCAAACCCCAGACUACCACCUCAUCGGGCUAUACACCCGCUACUCCAAUUCCUCACACUCCCAAUUUGUAAAGCUCUCCGAGACAAAGGCCUAUUCCCCAACAGGCCUUGUCCCAGUUCUGCAAUGCCACUCCCUCCCCUCAGCAACAAUUACAGACUCCCUCGCCAUCUGCGAAUUCCUUGCUGAAUCCAACCCAACUCUUCCCCUCUGGCCUACUGACCGCCACCUGCGCGCCCUAGCUCGUAGCGCCGCAGCCCAAAUGCAUUCCGGCUUCCCAGUCCUGCGCAAUACCUUUCACUCAAACUACCUCGCCAGGUACACGGGUAACGUGCCGAUUCCGGUUGGCGCGGCCGCGGAGAUAGCGCGCAUGUUCCGGAUUUGGGAUUCGGCGCGCAAGGCAACGACUGAGCGGCUUGCGGCGCUGGGAGCGGUUGAUGAAGGGUUUUUGUUUGGUGGGUUUAGUAUUGCGGAUGCGUUCUUUUGGCCGGUUCUUUGGCGGUUCCGCUCUUAUGGUCUCCCGCUAGAGGGUGCUGGGCCUGGUGCCCUGGCAUGGAUGGCGAAGAUGUGGAGUGACCCCGUGUUCAAAGCGUUGGGGGAUAGUUACUACGCGCAGGCUGAGGAUCCGCAUACUCGCAUUGCGCACUACGAUGACAUCUUCCGGGAUAUGGAUGAUGUGCAGUAUGGGUUGUUUCCGAAGGAUUGGACUUUUUCGGUUUCUGGGUGA